GCGAUAACUUCGAAUGGCGUAUUCCAACUUUUAGAAAUUACCCACAUCUAUAUGUUCUUUUAUCCCACAUAUAGUAUUAUAAACAUACAAUGGCAAGAUACUCGGUCCAGCUUUGGUAACCCUCUCUCUUCCGCUGUAAGACGACCCUCAUAAUGGCGUCGCUGCAUCUGCCGGUACCCUCUUUGAGGCUUCUAAGAUUUCUUCGCCUACAAUCGGAAAAUCUGAGCUUCUUUAGCCCCAACCAUGACCGUGCCGUUAGACUAGGCCAGCCUGUGCGCAGGAUAUUAUGCACAGCUAGGAAGAAUCAAAGAUGUUCAUUGCGAUUGGGGACUACCGUAGAGACCUCUCGGGAUGCGCCAUUACAAGCCGGCAUGUUAGAUUUGGAUGCGCUCAUACAAACUCGGUGCUACAGAGCUUCGAGAACAGUUCGCCCAAAGAAUCACCCAUACUUCUGCUCGAAUAUAGGCCUUCGGUACAGCUCCUCGGAACGACCGCCCCCGCCUCCAUGUCCACCUUCUUGGCGAGAGAGACUUUGGGGUUUUGGAGCGAAAAAUUCCAAACCUUUAGAGCCAGACGAUCUACCCGAUGUAGAAGGCGCUGAUGGUAGCUCCAUGUUUAACAACAGGCGCCAGCUCAGCCAAAAAGCGGCCUUAGAACCAAUGCUACGAUGUACCGAAGUUGAUGAGAACGGAAAUGUUAUACUGGUGGAUGGCGAAUUUAAGAAGAGCGAGCUAAUUGCAAGGUUCGGCUUGUUGCCUCGAGAUCUACGAAAAAUUGACUCGUCCAAUCUACCACACAUCCUCGUUCGACCGACUGCUAUCCUGCUUAAUCUUUUACACCUCAAAGUUCUCAUUAAAUACAAUCGCGUCUUACUGUUCGACGUAUAUGGCUCCAAAGCCUCUUACCCCCAGUCGGCUUUCAUGUAUGACCUGCAGGGAAAGCUCCAGCAGAAGGCGGCUCCUGGGAAUGGAGGCCUUCCUUACGAAUUUCGAGCUCUGGAAGCCGUCCUUCAGUCCGUUACUCAAGAGUUAGAAGCUGAUUUCGAAGCGGUCCGUGACCCGGUAAUCCGUAUAUUAAGUGAGCUUGAGGAUGACAUUGAUCGGCACAAGCUGCGCAUCCUCCUCGUACUCUCUAAGCGAGUGAGCACUUUCGUGCAAAAGGCUAAACUUGUCCGUGAGGCUAUCGAGGAACUUCUCGAAGCCGACGAUGAUUUAGCUGCGAUGUAUCUUACUGAGAAAACACACGACAUUCAACGAGAACUCGACGACCACACCGAAGUUGAGAUGCUGCUAGAGUCGUAUCAUAAAAUCUGUGAUGAAAUCGUACAGGAAGCACAAAACCUGACGUCAGGCAUUCGAAAUACCGAAGAUAUUGUUCGGGCAAUUCUAGAUGCAAACCGCAACUCUCUCAUGCUCUUGGAAUUAAAGUUCAGCGUUGGAACACUAGGCUUAGCCAUGGGCACGUUCAUCGCCGGCCUUUACGGUAUGAACCUCGAGAACUUCAUCGAAGAGACGCACUGGGGCUUCGCUGUGGUCACAGGUGUUUCCAUCGUAAUAUCUCUAUGGGUGUGCAAGUACGGUCUAGACAGGCUCAAAAAGGUCCAGCGCGUCAAGAUGCAGGGCGAUGACAGGAAGAGCUUAGGACCCGAUUAUCAUUGGUUCCACGAUGAGGGAAACGUCGGUCUUUUAGACCCCCGGAACCGCGAGAUGAUAAGACGGCUUAACAUGAAAAAGGAUCAGGCUGAGAAAAGGAAGCGGUUAUAAGAGGCUGCCAGAACGAUGUGCUAUUAAGAGGUCACGAGAUUUUAUGUUCUCGGCAAUGGCCCUUAUCUAUAGAAGCAUACUAGGCGUCAUGGUAAUUCAGCAUGUUCUGCAUGUUCUGCAGUACAGUAGGUAGGUUCGAGGUCUACAAUCUGUGUAUUAGACUCUAGAGCUCAAAGACAUUCUCGUCUCUCAUAGAUCUGGUUGGGCAUCUGUAUACCCUUUAUAGACGGAUUACAUUUCGCUAUCUCCGUUGACUUCCGACGGGCUCUUCUUAGCACCGCAGUAUGGUUGUUGCUCCUAGAAUCUCACGGAAAGAUAUUGGAUAGAUAUAUGGAUCAAUGUAUAUGUAUAUAUUUAUGUACAACCUAGUCCUCCCCCCUACUCAGAGCUAGUAGCGAAUAUGAAGGAUAAUAUGAAGGAUCAACGAAAGAUAUUUGUUUUAAUGCCUGCCAAUCUUCCCCUUCCUCAUCUCGUUUGUAAACACCCACCCCCCCCAAAUUCACGUCUCAACUAAUUAACUUGUCACCAACCUCUAGACCUUCCA